AUAUAUAUAUAGUGCAGCAAGUCACUGGCCAGCCAGCAGAGACCAAAGAAGCAGCUCACUAGCUGCAGCCUGCAGGCAGACGAAACAACACCAGAUCAGAACAUCACCCGAUCCCAUUAAUUCCUGCCUGCAGACUACUGCAGUAGCCGCGCGCAGCCCAUCGAUCCAUCCGGCCAUCAUCGACAUGGAGGGCGGCCUGAGCCCGGAGCGGCACGCGGCGGCGGAGCCGGUGCGGUCGCGGUGGACGCCCAAGCCGGAGCAGAUACUCAUCCUCGAGUCCAUCUUCAACAGCGGCAUGGUGAACCCGCCCAAGGACGAGACCGUCCGCAUCCGCAAGCUGCUGGAGCGCUUCGGCGCCGUCGGCGACGCCAACGUCUUCUACUGGUUCCAGAACCGCCGCUCCCGGUCCCGCCGGCGCCAGCGCCAGCUGCAGGCGCAGGCGGCGGCAGCGGCAGCCGCAGGCUCCUCGUCCUCGUCCGGAUCGCCCCCCACGACCGGCCUCGCGCCGGGACACGCGGCGGCUUCGUCGACGAUGGGGAUGUUCGCGCACGGCGCCGCCUACGGCUCGUCCGCGUCCACGUCGUGGCCGCCCUCGCCGCCGCCGUCGUCCGCCGCGAUGAUGGGCGACCUGGACUACGGAGGCGGCGACGACCUGUUCGCCAUCUCGCGGCAGAUGGGCUACGCCAACGGCGGUGGCUCCGGCUCGGCGUCCUCGGCGGCCGUCGCCCACCACGAGCAGCAGCUUUACUACUCGCCGUGCCAGCCAGCGAGCAUGACGGUGUUCAUCAAUGGCGUGGCGACGGAGGUGCCGCGGGGGCCGAUCGACCUGCGGUCCAUGUUCGGGCAGGACGUGAUGCUGGUGCACUCCACCGCCGGCCUCCUCCCCGUCAACGAGUAUGGCGUCCUCACGCAGAGCCUGCAGAUGGGCGAGAGCUACUUCCUGGUCACGAGGGGCUAACUAGCUAGCACAUUGCAUUGCCGAUCGACAUCGACCGGCCGAUCGAGAGCUAGCUAGCUCUAGUAUAGUACCUUGGAAUUGGAUGUUACUCGGAUCGGAGAUGCAUGCAUGCAUGCAUACAUACUGCAAGCUAAGCAGUGUGUCGUCAGUGAACGUACUAUGCCGACAGAAGCUUGCUAGCUGGAAUUACAUGUGUGUGCUCGUGCAGGCUGCAUCGAUCUAGCUCGCCGUCCGUCUGGUCGUCGUCCCUGAUGACAUGGAUAGUGUGAUAGACAGGAGAGGCAAUGCAAAGAAUUGGAGCAGCAUGCGUGCAUGAUACGUGCAGUAUAUAUGGUAUAAAUAUAGCAUCAAAGCAAGCAACAUGAUAUAUACAGUUAAAAGAGUGUACCCAAUAGUAGUACGCAUCCACAUCGAUCUAUGUGUACUCAGAUCAAUCAUAUAAGUCCAGUCGUCACACCAUUGCAACCAUUUGCAUGCUUACUAUUAUUGGUUAAUUAAUAUAUGGCCAUUAUCAAUCGAGGUCAUUCUUCA